CAUUCCGCUUUUCCGGCCAUUUGUAUAAAGGUUGUGUUGAACGUUAAGCCGUUAAGCAUUAAAGUAUUGUUAUAUUGUUAGUUUAAAAUAAGAGUAUCCAAAAUGUUUGAGGCUAGAUUGAUAACCAGUGCUACCUUCAAAAAGGUAUUAGAUGCUAUCAAGGACUUGUUAAAUGAGGCUUCUUUUGAUUGUUCGGAAUCUGGAAUUCAGUUACAAGCUAUGGACAACUCUCACGUGUCUUUAGUGUCCCUAAAUUUGAGGUCUGAUGGAUUCGACAAGUAUAGGUGUGAUAGAAAUUUAACUAUGGGAAUGAACCUUGGAAGUAUGUCAAAAAUCUUCAAGUGUUCCAGUAAUGAUGACACGGUAACAAUAAAAGCACAAGAUGAUGCAGAUACCGUAACAUUCAUGUUCGAAUCCAAAAAACAGGACAAAAUAUCGGACUAUGAAAUGAAACUUAUGAAUCUUGACCAAGAACAUCUUGGAAUACCUGAAACUGAUUUCUCUUGUGUAAUAAAGAUGCCUUCUGGUGAAUUUGCAAGAAUUUGCCGUGAUCUAUCACAAUUUGGUGAAUCCAUUGUAAUUUCCUGCACAAAGGAAGGAGUCAAAUUCUCCACCUCUGGUGAUAUUGGAAGUGCAAAUGUCAAAAUUGCUCAAACUAGCAAUUUCGAUAAGGAAGAAGAGGCAGUUACUAUUGAAAUGCAAGAACCUGUAACACUAACUUUUGCGUGCCAAUAUCUUAACUCGUUUACGAAAGCAACUCCUUUGACAAACCAAGUCCAGUUAUCAAUGUCGGACAAUGUCCCGUUGGUUGUUGAAUACCAAAUUCCAGAUCUAGGACACCUACGAUUUUAUUUAGCACCAAAAAUUGAAGAAGAUGAAAAUUAAUUGUAUGAAACAUCUAUUUAUUGUACGGUCAUCUUCAGGCUAUAGCAUUUUUAAUAUUUUUAUAAAAUAGGUUUAAGUUUUAAAUUAGUUGUGUAAGAAUUAACUAAUUUUUUAAGUAAA